AUGCCUCUCACGCCUGCUGAGAAACAGCGACGGUAUCGUGAACGGCGUAAAAAUAAUCCUGAAAAAGAAGCAGAAUCUAGAAGAAAAGAUCGAGAGAGAUACCAUGCAAAAAAAUGCUUAGUGCGAGAUUUAUCAGCUAGUGAACAUAGAGCGAUAAAAAAGAAAUGGCGAUCUGCAAAUGCUAGACGUAAAAAUAGUCCAGCCCCUUCAGAUCAACAUCAGCUUAUUCCAAAUGCUGAUCAUCGUUUAUCUACGCCACAGCCAUCUGAUUCCCGUGAAUUAACUCUCAGCUCUAUCAUAUCAACAGCUUCUCGCGGCAGAAAGAAAGUGCAUAGAAAUAGAUCCAAGUUAUUCAGAGACAACAUAAAAUUAAAGGAACAGUUAGAAGCAAUAAAGAAGAGAUCCGAAAAGUACAAAAAAAGGUACAAUAGAGAAAAACGUAAAAGAUCUAAAAUUGAAGGUGGCAGUCAAGAAAAUCAAAAGAAAUACGAAAUUUUAUCAAAUGCUAUUAAAAAACGUUACCAAAAUAUAAAAAGCCGGAAGGAGAAAUAUGCUAUUCAGAAGAUAUUUGAAGAACAGGCUGUAAAAUGCUCUAGACAAAAGAAACAACUAAUUCAAGAAUGUCUUGCUGUGGACCAAGGCUACAUACGAAAAACACAGCCUCUGCUUAAGAAAAAAGCUCUAAGUACCAAAAUUAAAGAUUUUUUUGAACGUGACGACAUAUCAAGAGCGACUGCUGGGAAAAAGGAAACCGUUUCUCUUAAGAAAAAUAAAAUGCAGAAGCGCUACUUACUUGAUAACAUGAAGAACCUUUACCUAUCCUUUAAACGUGAAAAUCCUGCAUUGAAAUGCAGCUACAAAACUUUUACACGAUACCGACCAUUUUAUGUUUUGCUUCCGACUGUUGCUGCCAGAGAUACAUGUUUAUGCCGAAUCCACACUAAUAUCCAAUACUUAGCAAUUGCUUUGUGCAAAAACAAGAUGAUACCAACCUCAGAUCUAAACAAGAUUAUUGCAAACCAAGUGUGCGACUGUGAUUCACCAGCGUGUAUGACAGGAAUUUGCUCUGUAUGUCAAUCAAAUACAACAAAUUAUGAUACAUCCAAAGAUGAAAUAGUUAUAAAAUAUCCUCAGUGGUUAACUAAAACUGAAGUGAUAGAGAAGUCAGGAAAGAAAAUUAAAGUUACAAAAAGUAUCAAAGAGGAGAAAGAGAGUACAGGAAAAGAUUUGAUAGAUAAGUUUGAAGCUACACUGAAGGAAUUUAAAAGGCACAUAUAUUACAUUAAGACACAGUACAGAAACUACAGAAAAUGCAUAGAUGACUUGGGCAUAAAUGAAAUUGCGCUUCAUAUUGAUUUCAGUGAAAAUUAUAGUUGCAAAUUUUUUGAAGAAGUACAAUCUCAUCAUUUUGGAGGCUCCCGAAAUCAAGUAUCCUUACAUACGGGAGUGAUGUAUAGUCGUGGCUCAAAUAAUAAGAUAGAUGUAUCAUCGUUUUGUACCCUGUCUGGAAACCUUUUACACAACCCAGCUGCAAUCUGGGCUCAUCUCCACCCCAUAUUUGCUUCAAUUCAUGACAAAUUUCCUAAAGUUAAUAUCCUGCAUGUAUUUUCAGACGGCCCAGCCACUCAAUACCGCCAAAAACAGAACUUUUAUCUGAUUUGCACAAAACUAUUCUCCGAGUACAAGUUCACUAAAGUUACGUGGAAUUUUUUUGAAGCGGGCCAUGGCAAAGGUGCAGCAGAUGGGAUAGGCGGAUUUUUGAAACGUACUGCUGACCAACUUGUUGCACGUGGAACUGACAUAUCUGAUGCUACAAAUUUCUAUCUUACUUUGAAAAAUGUUAGUAAAGUUAGAUUACAUCUGAUAACCAAUGAAGAUAUUGAGCAAAGUUCAAAGCAGAUCCCGGAGCAUAUCCUACCGUUACUAGGUACCAUGAAAGUCCAUCAAGUUUUCACUGAGGAGGUUGGAGUUCUCAAGUAUAGAAAUUUGAGUUGUUUUUGUCAGCGUGGCUUUUGUUCUUGCAUGAAUCCCAAGCGCUAUGUUCCAUUACAACAUACCGUGGAAAAAUCAAUUUCUUCCGCUUGCGACAACAGUUAUCUGUCUGAUAUUAGUAACCUUUGCCAAAAGCGAGUUAAAGGGUUUUACAGCAUUGUCUACAAUUCAGAUUCCGAAGAUGAUGUUCCUCUAACAUCAUUAAAAGAAAAAUCUCCCAACGCUUAUUUGACAGAAGAACCCAGCACAUCAAAGCAAAGUGACGAUGCUUUGAUUGAGAAGGAAAAUAUUCACAUUAAUAAGAUAAAACAAGGUGUUUGUGUCUUGGUUAAAAUGUCCAGCUCAAAACAAGACUACAUAUAUUUGGGUAAGGCCUUAUCUGAAGUUGAAGAUGAUGGUGAGGUUAAAAUUAUGUUUUUUAAGUCAAUGGAUCAUACUGCAACCAAAUUUAAAUUAGUUGAGUCUGAUUUAUCUUAUGUGCCCUUUGAUAAUUUAAUUGCUAUUGUUCCAGAACCUAAAAAAUUAUGUAAAGGUUCAAGAAUAUCCUACUACCAAUUUGAUACUCCUUUAAACAUAUUUGAGAAAUAA